CGAAAACCCGACCUAAACCAACAAUUAAUUACCUCCGCUUCGCAGAUACCGUAUCAAACCUUCACUCUUCCGCUGGGUUUUAGACCUUUUCUAUCAUUGAAUCUUAUUGAUUUGCUCACCCAAAGAGCAAAUGGCCCAUAUUCACGUCACUGACGGCGUUUAGUCAUGAUCCAUCAUGAUAACGUGAUCGUCUCUCUUGCUUUGCAAUUUAUCGGACGCAACGUGGAAAGAUAUCACAGCUGUCUAUAAAGACUGGCCUAUCGUUUCCCCAUCAUCCGCCACCUUCAUUCUUACAUUCCCUCCCAGAAGUGUGGCUGUUUUGUUAGAAAAUGCCCGUAGAACCUCUCGACUCAUAUGAAGACUUCCAGAAAGCAAUCAAACGUGAUAAAAUCGCUGUGGUUGAUUUCUGGGCCUCGUGGUGCGGACCCUGCACAAUGAUCUCUCCGAUCUUCCAGCAGCUCUCCGAGAUUGAUGACUUGGCAGUGAUCGACUUUUAUAAAGUUGAUGUAGACAAGCAGACGAGGAUUGCUGAAGAGAUGGAGAUACGUGCCAUGCCCACAUUUAUUGCCUUCAAAGAUGGUAAGAAGAUCCAGGAGAUGGUGGGUGCUGACCCGAGGAGUCUCAUGUUGAUGUUGCAAUCGGUACUUCCUUAAACUCGAUAGUUCACCUGAUGUUUUGCAUUGUACAAUAGUAAAUUUGUGCUGUGUGCAAUUGUAUCAUACAUAUUUAAAAUUUCUCCUUCAAGGACCUCUAGCGCUAAAUCCCCUUGUCUUUUACCACCUUCUCGAAUGGAACUUCCUGUGUUAGACGUACUGACUGUUCAGAUGCAACACGC